GGGAGGAGAACGAAAUUAGUGAUGGGAAGGAGGAGGAAGUCGGCGAUGAGGAGGAGGAGGAAGUAGCGAUGGGGAGGGGAGGUUGAGGGGGAUCGAGAGGAGGAGGUGGAAGAUGAAGAUCGGGAGGAGGAGGACGAAGAGGACGAUGGGGAGGAGGAGGAGGAAGAAGGCGAUGGGGAGGAGGAGGAAGAAGUCGAUUGGGAUGGAGCAUCAGCAAUUGGGAAUGAAGGAAGAGGGAGAAUGGGAGGAGGAGGUGGAUCUCAAUGAUGGGGACAUCGGGGAGGGGAGGAAGUCAACGAUGGGGAGGGAGAAAGAGGGAGAUCGGGAGGGGAGGAAGAGGGAGAUCAGGAGGAGAAGCAGAAGAGGACGACGGGGAGGACGAGGAAGUCGGCAAUGGGGAGGGAAGGAAGAGGGAGAUCAGGAGGAGGAGAAGAGGACUACGGGGAGGACGAGGAAUUCAGCAAUGGGGAGGGGAGGAAGAGGGAGAUCAGGAGUAGGAGAAGAAGAGGACGACGAGGAGGAUGAGGAAGUCGGCGAUGGGGAGGGGAGGAAGAGGGGAGAUCGGGAGGAGGAUAAGUAACAGGACGACGGGGAGAAGGACGGAGAGGGGGAUGCGAAGCAGGAAGACG